ACGGGCUUGUCCAUGCGGACUUUGCGACACUUACGUGUGUGCUGAAUAUGCUUCCUCUGACAGCAAUGAAAUUACAGAUGUUGUUUGCCAUGUGUUUUGCACGGGCCUACCAAGAGAUACCCAAGUACCAGCACAGAGACCCUGUGACCUCUAAGGUGCUGCUUUGUGACCAGUGUCCACCCGGCACAGCUGUGAAAAACCACUGCAGCAAUGAGGAAACAACUGUUUGUGCCCCCUGCCCAGAAAAACACUUUGCAGAGCAGUGGCAUUGGGGAGAAAGCUGUCAACACUGUACAUCUGUCUGCAAAGAAAGGCAGAUUGUACAAAGGGAAUGUAACAGCACUCAUGACAGGCUCUGUAAGUGUAUACCUGGGUAUCACUUAGUGGUGGAGUUUUGUGUCCGUCACAGUGCCUGCUCACCUGGCUUUGGUGUCAUUGUGCAGGGCACAGCAGAGAGGAACACUGUGUGUGAGAAGUGUUCCCUUGGUUAUUUCUCCAGCACAUCUUCAUCCACUGAGCCAUGCAUACCUCACAGGAACUGCAGUCAACUAGGCCUGAAGACUUUAAGACCAGGUACAGCUACCCAGGAUACUCUGUGUAACACUGAGAAUAAAGAGUUCAACUUUGACUGCUCUAAUCAGCACACAGAGUGUCACACCGACAUUACAUUAUGUGAGGAAGCCAUAUUUCAAUUCCUUGCAUCACCUCCUUUGGCUUCUUUUCCUGUGGAGCGUCUUUCUGAGAGCCUUCCAGGACGCAAGGUGGACUGGAAGAGUGUUGACAGGCUGAAGAAAAGCUGCAGUCCUCAGCAGCAAGCACUACAUCUGCUUCGUCUUUGGAGAGAACAAAAUAAGGACCAAGACAAACUCAUCAGCAUCAUCCAAGGUGUGAAUCACUGUGAAAGGAAGGUAUCUCGCUGUGCCAGUGUAAUCAAACUUACUCUGGAAGAUUUGUUGAACUUGAUGGAGAGUUUACCUGGGGAGAAAGUAAAUGAGAAGGAUGUCCGAGCCCUGGUCCAGUCCUGUCCUUCACAACGUUACAUCUUGCAGCUCCUGCACUUAUGGAAGAUUCAGAAUGGAGGUCAGGACCUAGCCAAAGCUUUAUCUUACAGUCUCCGCAAACUACAUUUGAAAGGUGCUCGUCUACCUCUUCUCAAAAUUCUGAAGAGGAUCGGCCGGAUUAUAAAUGCAUCAACCAUAUACCAUAUGUAUGAGAAGAUGAUUGUUAACAUGAUUCAGGACAAUACAUGUAUCAAAACCAAACUGUACAAUACCUAAAAAUACUAUUUUAACAAGUUAUUUAAAUGAAGAGAAGUUGUAUAUUUUGACAAUUGUAGGCUAAAAAGGGGAAGUAUUAAGUACCAGAGUUUUGUGUGGAGUUUUAUGUACAUCUUUUUGCUUGUGGCCUGUUAAAGUACAUUGGACUGAAAAUAAGAAAUGGAUUCCAGAAUGAAAAGCAAAGUUCUACAGGAAAUUGAACUUUAAUUUAGAAUAUUGCUUGACCUGCCAAAUCCCUUAAAAUAAAUAUAUAUGCUUAAAUUAAAUAAAUUGUAAAUAAAUGUAUAAUACAGUAGAGAGCAGUUAACUGUGGUUAUAUGUUGUCAUAUAUUGUUUUGUGUAUAACACACACACACAUAUGCAUAUAUAUACAACUACAAAUAAUAACUUAACUUCUAGUUUAUCAUUUGGAAUCAGAAGUGGCUUAUAUGAUAUAUGCCUCUAGAUUAUCCUUAUUUUACCAAAAUGAAAUCUUAUCAUGACUUGAUUUUUAAUUAUUUAAUUAGGACAGAAAGGUCAGACUUUGCUAAGACAAAAGUCUGCUGAAUCUAACCUCAAACCAUGAUUUUUCCUCCACCGAACUUAGCUGUUUUCUAUGGGAAUCUUGGAUCCAUGCGGGUUCCAAUAGGUCUUCUGCAGUAUUUGCAAUGAUUUUGGUGCAGUUUAAUGGAUGAUUCAUCAACCUUCUGCCACUUUUCCCCAGUCCUUCCUGGAAGCUCUGGGUCUUGGCAAAUGCAACACGAUUUUUUAGUUGUUUUCUGUUCAAUGCUAGAUUCUGAUCACUAAUUUGGUCAUUGAGACCACUGCAUGAAAGAAUUUGACAAACUGUUCUUGUGGAUACAGGGGUUUCUGGUGACCAAUUGUUAUCUAAUUGUUAUUGCUCUGCUGCAGUUGAAAAAGGGCUGGCCAUAGACUGUUGAACCUGCUGUCAGAGGUCAGGAUGCAUUUCAAAUGAAGGUUAGGUGUGCUGGGGUUCUUCUUUUAAACACUUGGGAAUGUGUUAAUUACAGGUGACGCUGUAAUCUGUGAUUGGUUGAAUCCUUUAAAGAUGUGACAAGACUUUUGUCAAAGCAAAGUCUGACCUUUCUGUCCUAAUUAAAUAAUUAAAAAUCAAGGUAUGAUAAGAUUUUAUUGUGGUAAAAAAAAGUGUAAUCUAGAGGCCUUUGCCUUUCAUAUACGUCACUUCUGAUUCCAAAUGAUUAAGAAGUCAAGUUAUUUUUUGUUGUUCCUAUGACUUGGACAGGCGAUAAGAAUUUUUGUCAGGGUGUGUAUAUCAUUUGUUUUUUAUUUAAUUUAAGGAGUUAAGUGUAAUUGUGACUGUUUUCAGUUAAUAUUGAUGUUUAUCACCACAUAUUUUUAAAAAGUAUUCUCAAACUGAUCAGGUCUGUCAUAAUGUAAGGAAACAUUUUUAUUCACCUUGUUGUGUUUUAAAUAUGGAUACUAUGAAGACUAUUUGUCCAUACAGGGCAUUAUAAUUAGCUAAUGAAAAUGUACAGUUCUCUUGUCACUUAAUGUAGUAUAAGAAUAUUGUAAUCAAGGGAGCUAAUAACAUAAUCACAAUUUAAUCUCUCAUACAUAAGCAAGAUGUGCUUAAUCUUUGAUGCCAAUUUCUCAUUCAAAUACUUAAAAAAAUGU